AUGGCUGUGCAAUGUAAGCUACUUUUUAAAUCGUCAAAGAAAAAUGAUUGUCAUUGGACUUGGUGUGAUCGAACUUGUGUCGAUAUUUACACCUAUUGUCUUUUAAAUCAGGCCAAAGCUGUACCAUCAAAUUUGCCAACAAUUAUUUUGGAGCAAUCACAUCAAACUAGUGUGGCUGUUAUUCUCGAUCGCCCACGACACCUUAUUGAACAACAUUUAAAAAAAAGAAUGUCCUCACCAAAAAUCUCGUUAUCAUUUACUUUGUGCUCACGACUUCUAUUAUAUAUUGACUUACCCGUUCGAGCAUCGAUUGCUGCGCUCAAGUUAGUCGAACGUUGGUACUUGAAUUUGAAGAUACCAGUUAUUAAAAUUAGUCAAAUCGAUCAUCAAUUAGAUCAUGAUCCUAUGACGGGUGAUAUUCAAUGGAAUAAACAUUCGAUCGAAACUCUUUUCAAGCAUAUUGAACAAGUGAUCCAACAACGAGAAUUUCCGUCUUCGACUAUUGACGAUUUGUUUAUUCCGUGGCAAACGGAGCGAAACUUGCGUCUGUAUCGAUGA